AUGGUGCACCAGGAGAAACGCGUUUACCAGGCCCAGAGAAAUGAGAGGGAGUCUAUCAGGCAGAAACUUGCUCUGGGCAGUUUCUAUGACGACGAGCCAGUCAUCUUCACCAGCUGCAGCAAGAACGACUCGUCCUCCCGAUUCCACAGUGGAGUCAAUCUGCAGGUGUGCUUUGUCAAUGACAGCAGCAGUGAUAAAGACAGCGAUGCCGAGGACAGCAGGACGGAAACCAGUUUGGAUACACCCUUGUCACCUGUGAGCAAACAGAGCUCAUCGUUAUCAGAUCGAGAUACGGCAGAGGAGGACUCGGAUCCACUGGAUGACUGCGGCGGGUUCUGGCGGGUGCAACGAAGGCUCCAGGAGGAGGCCCGAGUAGCCCUGGCUCUGGCCAGACCCAUGGCCCGUAUGCAGGUGGAGGUGGAGAGGCAGAUCCAACAGCACAGACGCUCACCUGUGGCAGAUCUGCUUCCUCACCUGCCUCACAUCAGUGAAGGGUUGAUGAAGAGGAAUCUGAGACGAGGGGACAUGAGGGAAAUGAGUCUUGGCCAGCUCCAAGUGAUCACGAAUGACUUGCACUCGCAGAUCCAGAGUUUAAAUGAAGAGCUGGUGCAGCUGCUGCUGCUUAGGGACGAGCAGCAUGUGGAGCAGGAUGCCAUGCUGGUGGACAUCGAGGACCUAACUAGACACGCUCACAGCCAUCAGCGGCACCAGGCUGAAAAAGCCAACAAUAAAUAA